UAUGGACAUAAAGAACAAUCUGAAGAAAGAAAGAAAAAAAUCAAGAAAAUAAGAAAGCGAAAUCGGAAGAAGCUGAAGAUGAAGAGAAUCCCUCGUAUCAAGUUCCCUCAGAGACAUUCUAUUUCAUCUGGUUCUGGACCAGCGCCAGGAUCUGUUGCCGGCGGAAAGAAAAAUGUGACGGCGAGUUCAGAUGUUCCGGCGGCUCCGAAGAACACUGCUGAUGGUGGAAAAGCAUCUCUGCAGCCAAAACGUACACCUGUCUCCGACAAAGAAAUCGAAUCUAUAAUGUUGGGUGGUUGCAUCUGAUUUGACAUUUUGGACGUUUGAAGAUUCGAUCGAUCGACUAGUUUGGGUUCUUGUCUUGUCGGCUGGUGAUGUUUGUUUAUGCUCUUUUAAAAAUUGUAAAGAAAUAACUAAUAAUGUAGAGGAAAAUGAUGAUUUUGUAACAAUUAUACUCUUUUCUUUCUCGUUAUUAUUAUAAAAAGUACAAUUGCCUCUUUCGAGUU